UCUUCAACAGUUUAACUACAUAAGGCGCAGUGGUUGCAUUGACACUCCUUUUUUACGAAGUUUGCCGACAGCGUAAAACAGUUGCGUCGUCCAGGUCCGUCGGAGAGAACUGGUUUGCAACCGUACAUGUACUUAUACUCUGCAGUUACACCUGAUUAAAAACUAUGGCUCGGUUUCUGUCUGCAUGUUUUGCAGCGUGUAUGGUCAUCGUAGCAGCGAGCAGCCACUGGGUGGCCUCACUUCCACCAGCGGAGGCGCCAAAAAACUGUACAGCGGAUGGUCACACUGCGGCCGAACAAUGCAUCCAAUCUUUCUUUACUAUGCUAAAAAAGACGAAUACAGAAAAGCUGGAAAUGCUGAAACCAGCCUUCACCACCGGUGACUUGAACGUGACCGCUGCCUCCGCUGCAGUUGAAUUAGUGUGCGGACCGCUGACUGGAGCGUUUACCUGUAUUGAAGAACUGCCGCGCCAAUGUUUUGCUCCACUGGAUUUGCCCGUGACUCUACAUUGGUUUCUGUUUAACCCGCAGAUUACCAUCAAUGCCAGCGACAUUCUCCGCCGAAUGUGCAGUGUCCCGGAUCUUGGCCAGCACUUAAUCCGCACUGUUAAAUGCAAAGCAUUACUGAGCAACCAUACCACUUUUAAAACCAAUGGUAUACUGGGUGAACUUGAGCGUUCAGUAGGGCCACUACCUUUCCCCCAAACCCUGGAUAACUUUUUUAAUUGGCAGUGCCGAGCUAAUCAUCGUUUAAUGGAAAUUGUAACCCUGGAUCUGGUUGAGACCGUGUGUGGUCCGGAUGCUGGUGUCACGUAUACCACGUUUUUUCCGCUGGCGCGCGAGUUCCUCUCCUGUUCCGGAAAUCGUACGGAAGGAGUCGGCGCGGUCGUCUGAGUACAUGAGAAACCCGUUACUGAGUAUCUUCUACAGCAACUAAGCGAGUUUUGGCAUCGCACUCGAGAAAUUUAAAUUGAACCGCUGACGUGAGCCCAGAGUCUGAAUAAAUCAAGCAUGCUGUAAACCCAAAGAGAACAAAACAAAAGGACUGUUC